GAUUGGCGCACCGCACCGUCUCUCUCUAUCCCUCUGAUCUGAUGGGCACAGCGCAGGCGCUAGCGUGCGCAGGGGAGGGAACGGCGCACGCUACAAAGAGGGUAAAAGAGAAGGUGCGCGUCAUCGAGGCACCAUUGUAGGAGCUUUGUAGGCCGAUCGAGUUGUCUCCUAUUUGAGGGAUAUUCGAGCUUUUAGGGUUUUCGAAACAGUGCUUCGAUGGCCGCUCCACCUGCAAGGGCUCGAGCAGAUUACGAUUACCUCAUAAAGCUUCUUUUGAUCGGCGACAGCGGUGUGGGUAAGAGUUGCCUUCUUUUGCGUUUCUCAGAUGGUUCCUUCACCACUAGUUUUAUCACUACUAUUGGCAUAGAUUUUAAGAUAAGAACAAUUGAGCUUGAUGGCAAACGGAUCAAGCUCCAAAUCUGGGAUACUGCUGGCCAAGAGCGGUUCCGGACAAUAACAACUGCUUACUAUCGUGGGGCAAUGGGUAUUUUGCUGGUAUACGAUGUUACAGACGAAUCAUCUUUCAACAACAUUAGGAAUUGGAUCCGCAACAUUGAACAGCAUGCUUCUGACAAUGUAAACAAGAUAUUGGUAGGGAACAAGGCUGACAUGGAUGAAAGCAAGAGGGCCGUGCCUACCUCCAAGGGCCAAGCACUUGCUGAUGAGUACGGCAUUAAAUUCUUUGAGACAAGUGCAAAGACGAAUCUAAAUGUGGAGCAAGUUUUCUUUUCAAUAGCAAGGGAUAUCAAGCAACGGCUAGCAGACACCGACUCUAGGGCUGAGCCUACAACUAUCAGAAUUAAUCAACAGGACCAGGGAGCUGGGGGUAGUCAAGCUGCCCAAAAAUCAGCAUGCUGCGGUUCUUAAAGAGGGAUUAAGGAUACUUACUGGAGUGAGGGCAUGUACUGGAGGUGACAUUUGGUCGGUUGAGGGAAAAAAAGGGGGGGGGGGGGGUGUCGGGUGAAGGAAAAACUAAUUGUGAUGACAGUAUGAUGAGUGCUUGUAAUUUUUCUUACGUUCCAUUCUUUGCAAGCUUGUUUUAGUGUGUGAAAGGUAGUUUUCUAUUAUUUGAGAAAUUUAUUUUGUGCCUAA